AUGACGUUCGCUAUCUCUUAUUCCUUUGUAGAAAUUUUAAAUUGGAAAUGCUUAGAUCAUAGAAAUGAUACAAUAAAAUAUUGGAAAGAAAAUAGUAUUGAAUAUCCAACUUUAUAUUCAAUUAUAAGAAAUGUACUUUCAGUUGCUUCUUCUUCUGUUGAAAUUGAAAGAACAUUUUCGGGUGCUAAGUUGUUGGUUACAGACAACAGAUCAAAUUUGGUUGGGAAAGAAUAG